CAAUAUAAUAGUAUUGGGUAGAUUGUUGAAAACCGAACGCCAUUUAAGCGUUCUUCCCCAAACAAAAACCUGCUUCUGAAAUCUCACCGUGGUUCCUUCUUGUUACCGGCGGCGGAGGCGAAAUCAUGACAUCAUUCGGAUCUCUUAAAUCAGCUAUAUUCGACAAAGAAGAGAGAAAACAGCAGUAUCAGGCGCAUAUUCGAGGCCUCAAUGCUUACGAUCGCCAUAAAAAAUUCAUUAAGGAUUACGUUAAUUUCUAUGGGAAAGAAGAAAAAUCUUCGACCUUAAAGUUGCCGAUUAAAACAGAUAAAGAUACUCUGAGAGAGGGAUACAGAUUCAUACGGUCAGAGGAAGAUGAUAUGGAUCCAUCAUGGGAGCAAAGGCUUGUGAAGCGUUAUUAUGCCAAGCUUUUUAAAGAAUACUGUCUUGCUGAUAUGUCACAGUACAAGAGUGGUAAGAUUGGUCUCAGAUGGAGAACAGAGAAGGAAGUCAUGUCUGGCAAGGGCCAAUUUAUUUGCGGUAACAAGCAUUGCAAUGAGAAAGAAGGAUUAGCAAGCUAUGAGGUGAACUUUUGUUACUUUGAAGCUGGAGAGAACAAACAAGCUCUAGUUAAAUUGGUAGCAUGUGGGAGGUGUGCAGAGAAACUUAACUACAAGAGGCAGAAAGAAAAGGAGCAAUUAGAAAAAAGACAACAAAAGCAGGAUAGAAGAAAGAGGAAUCGUUCAAAGAGUGAUGAUGAUGAUCUAGACGAGGUCCAAGAAAGUGAAGAUAGAAGACGAAAAGGAAAGAAGGCUUUGGUUUCAGCCAAUGAUCAUAAAAUAGAUGAUGGCGACGACGACAGUGACAACAUAGAUGAGUUUCUUGAGGGGAUGUUUCCCUGAUCUUCAUCUGAUUCAUUGCUCUACCUCAAAAGUAUAUCUUGAGACCUAAGCUGGGCAAAAGAUGGAAAGAAGUUAGCCAGUGCUCGGAGCAAGUGGGUACUGCUUGUAGACGCCGAACAUACAGGGCCAACUGUGAAGCCCUUCGAAAUUGUGCACACUAUAAUUGCUUAAUUUACUAAUCAGAAGUUUGAUUAGGAGCUUGUAAUCUGUACAGUUUGCAUAAUAUUGUCAUUUCAAUGGCAGUUGUGAAAUUUUUGUAAAGUAGAAGGAUAUGCUUGGAUGACAUACAGUAGUACAAUUAUUCAUUUAUUAGGAAUUGAAAUGUCGUGAAAUAGGGUUCAACUUCUAAAAAGUGUGACCAGUAAUACACGAAAUCGUCACUUGAGUGAAUUGAUGUAUCUUAUAUUUGUGAUGUCUUUUUGGCGCUUUA